AAUAGGCCCAGCCCUCGGUUUAUCUGUAAAACAGGACAAAAAUAGUAUCUACCUGAUGGGGUUCUUCGAAGGAUUAAAUGAGCUGGUACUUAUAAAGCACUUGCUAAUGUCUGUUAAAUAAAUUAUAUGAUCCACACACCAAUCCAAGGCGAUCAUAAGGUAGCAAGAACCACCACUCCAAGUCACAUAAGAAAAUGAAUUCCUUUCGUUUUAGCUCCUCUCUUUAUUUCAGCAGUGCGUUGUCAACAGGGCCACAUUAUGUUAGCAGAUUUGAACUUUAUCCACAAGGUGUUUGUAUUUUAUUUCAAAUUAUGAAUUCCUGAACAUCGGAUUAUGUACGAUUCUGCAGUGCCCUCGGAGGCCCAUUAGAGUCUGGAGCUCGAGAGGCAUAACCAACUCUGGUCUGAUAUUUAUAAGGAGCUUGACAGCCAAGGAGCCACUCUGAAGCAGUUAUUGGUAUUGCCAAAAAAAAAAAAAAAAAAAAAAGGAAGCUAAGAAGUCACCCUUCUAAAUACAUACAUACAUACAUACAUACAUACUGAAUUGGAGAGCUGCCUGCAUUUCACUCUACUGCCUCUGGAAGAGGAGUGUUAUCUAAAGUGCUUCCAUCAUGAAUAAUGAUUGAGAAACUGCUUUUACUCUCCCAACUACUGUACUCCCAGGCAGAAACCCACGGCUGAAGCCCACGAUGCCCAUGUGUAACUUGGUUAUUACACACACGUUUGGAACCCAGUGUGCAGACGCGCAGCGCAGAGGAGGCGGCGGAACACCCCGGGUUGGUCGGGUUUCCAAGGGCCGACCCGAGCCCCAGCACUUUUUCCGCGCCUGAUUUUUCAGAGCUCUUCAGAACCCAGGCUGCUUUCAGGAACAUUGCUGUGGAUUCCCAGGGCCUAUUCCACUAGAGGCAAGAUGGCUGAACUCAAUACUCAUGUGAAUGUCAAGGAAAAGAUCUAUGCAGUUAGAUCAGUUGUUCCCAACAAAAGCAAUAACGAAAUAGUCCUGGUGCUUCAACAGUUUGAUUUUAAUGUGGAUAAAGCCGUGCAAGCCUUUGUGGAUGGCAGUGCAAUUCAAGUUCUAAAAGAAUGGAAUAUGACAGGAAAAAAGAAGAACAAUAAAAGAAAAAGAAGCAAGUCCAAGCAGCAUCAAGGCAACAAAGAUGCUAAAGACAAGGUGGAGAGGCCUGAGGCAGGGCUGCUGCAGCCACAGCCACCACAGAUUCAAAACGGCCCCAUGAAUGGCUGCGAGAAGGACAGCUCAUCCACGGAUUCUGCUAAUGAAAAACCAGCCCUUAUCCCUCGUGAGAAAAAGAUCUCAAUACUUGAGGAACCUUCAAAGGCACUUCGUGGGGUCACAGAAGGCAACAGACUACUGCAACAGAAACUAUCCUUAGAUGGGAACCCCAAACCUUUACAUGGAACAACAGAGAGGUCAGAUGGCCUACAGUGGUCAGCUGAGCAGCCUUGUAACCCAAGCAAGCCUAAGGCAAAAACAUCUCCUGUUAAGUCCAAUACCCCUACAGCUCAUCUUGAAAUAAAGCCAGAUGAGUUGGCAAAGAAAAGAGGCCCAAAUAUUGAGAAAUCAGUGAAGGAUUUGCAACGCUGCACCGUUUCUCUAACUAGAUAUCGCGUCAUGAUCAAGGAAGAAGUGGAUAGUUCCGUGAAGAAGAUCAAAGCUGCCUUUGCUGAAUUACACAACUGCAUCAUUGACAAAGAAGUUUCAUUAAUGGCAGAAAUGGAUAAAGUUAAAGAAGAAGCCAUGGAAAUCCUGACUGCUCGUCAGAAGAAAGCAGAAGAACUAAAGAGACUCACUGACCUUGCCAGUCAGAUGGCAGAGAUGCAGCUGGCCGAACUCAGGGCAGAAAUUAAGCACUUUGUCAGCGAGCGUAAAUAUGACGAGGAGCUCGGGAAAGCUGCCCGGUUCUCCUGUGACAUCGAACAGCUGAAGGCCCAAAUCAUGCUCUGCGGAGAAAUUACACAUCCAAAGAACAACUAUUCCUCAAGAACUCCCUGCAGCUCCCUGCUGCCUCUGCUGAAUGCGCACGCAGCAACCUCUGGGAAACAGAGUAACUUUUCCCGAAAAUCAUCCACUCACAAUAAGCCCUCUGAAGGCAAAGCGGCAAACCCCAAAAUGGUGAGCAGUCUCCCCAGCACCACCGACCCCUCUCACCAGGCCAUGCCGGCCAACAAGCAGAACGGAUCUUCUAACCAAAGACGGAGAUUUAAUCCACAGUAUCAUAACAACAGGCUAAAUGGGCCUGCCAAGUCGCAGGGCAGUGGGAAUGAAGCCGAGCCACUGGGAAAGGGCAACAGCCGCCACGAACACAGAAGACAGCCGCACAACGGCUUCCGGCCCAAAAACAAAGGCGGUGCCAAAAAUCAAGAGGCUUCCUUGGGGAUGAAGACCCCCGAGGCCCCAGCCCAUUCUGAAAAGCCCCGGCGAAGGCAGCACGCCGCAGACACUUCGGAGGCCAGGCCCUUCCGGGGUAGUGUUGGUAGGGUUUCACAGUGCAAUCUCUGCCCCACGAGAAUAGAAGUUUCCACAGAUGCAGCAGUUCUCUCAGUCCCGGCUGUGACGUUGGUGGCCUGAGCUAGGAGGAAAAAGAGCAGUUUUCACUCAGUUUUGGUUCCCUGCCCGAGGUGCUGACCCAGUUCGCUGCCAAAAGAGUGUCAAUCAGAAUAUACAAAUCCUGUAUGGUUGUGUCAUCCUCUCUUAAUCAUUUUUACUAAUUCUAAUAAUCAGCUCUAGCUUGCUUCAUAAUUUUCAUGGCUUUGCUUGAUCUGUUGAUGCUUUCUCUCAUCAAGACUUUGCAGCAUUUUAGCCAGGCAGUAUUUACUCAUUGUUAGGAAAAUCAAGAUGUGGCUGCAGAUCAGAGGCUCAGUUAGCAACCUGUGUUGUAGCAGUGAUGUCAGUCCAUUGAUUGUCUUUAGAGAGUUAAUGUUACAAAAAAGAAUUCUUAAGAAUCAGACAAACAUGAUCUGCUGAGGACACAUGCGCUUUUGUAGAAUUUAACAUCUGGUGUUUUUCUGAAAAAAUAUAUAUACAUAUAUUGCUUUAUUUGAAACAAAUUAAAAUAUGCUGCAUUUGA